AGAAGAAGAAGGCCCAAACAAACCCUGCGCGAGGCCGCAGGACCCCGGGAGAAAUAUAAAACUACACAUUCAAACCUUUGUCCGCGAUACAAAAUGGACGAGGAACAAACGGCUGGCUACAGGGAGCCCUGUGCUGUGUGUUCGGCGGUGGAUUGGGGAGUUUCAGACGAAGGUCGUUUCUACUGCAGGUCCUGUCACAACGUCAUCGAGAGAACCAGAGAGGUGGUGGACCCGACCUUCACCCUCGGCUCCGCCAGGAUCUCCACCAUCGGCCGGGGAACCAGAACCAAGAGGCCCGAGCGCGGCCGCCAGUGGGUGGUGUGUGAGGGCUUCCAGUUCAUCCUGAGGAACCAGGCCGAUGCGCUGCUGUCUCUGGGAGUCAGCCCCCGGUUCAAGGACCAGGUGCUGAGUCACCUGUGGAGAAUCUACCUGCAGAAGAGCCGCCAGGCCUACACCAGCAACCCCAUGAGGACGGCCCGGUUCAGGGUGCGAGCUCCGGGCUCUGACUCUGACAGCGCCGCCGAGGCGUCCGUCCUCUCGGCCAGCGAGACGGACGCAGACACCAAUGCCUCCAGCGCCGCCGGCUCCACCGCAGGGAGCUCCUCUGAUUGGUCGCCGUGUUCGGGCUCUCUGGACGCCGCCCACUACCUGACGGAUCGCCUGAGGAGGAGCCGACACGAUCUGAUGAGCAUGAAGAAGACUCUGGCCCUGAUCCACCUGGCCCUGGUCUGGACCGAGGAGCCGCUGACGCUCAGCGACCUGCUCAGGCUGGUGAAUGAAGGUCACGUCCCGUACCUGAACGCUUACGAGGAGCUUCCUGACGAGAUGAGGCUGGAAGGAAAAGACGCUCUCAUCUUCAGAGUGGAGAGCAUCCCUCCCCACCGGGUGGUGCACCGCGAUGCUCGCGCUCUCAUCCUGUUCCUGCAGCUUCCUGCUUUUCCUCCAAUCAGCCGGCAGAGUCUGUUGCACCCGUCUGCGCUCAGCCUGCGCUACCUGAUGGACGCCAAUCUGCCCGACGAGCUCCACCCGUGGGUGUGCAGGCUGAUGGAGCGCGCUGGUCUGGCGUCUCCAGCGCGCCUCACCUUUCACCGCCGCGUCUUCCCCUUCCUGCCGCGGUACGAUGUGCAGGCCGCCGCCCUCGUCAUCGUCACCAUGAAGCUGCUCUUCGGCCUGGACGACCACACCGAAUGGGACCUGUCCAGCGAGGCCGGAGACCAGGACGCCUCCAGAGACCUGUUCAGCCUGAGGAGGUGGUUCAGGGUGGUGCAGUCUCGCCCGAGUCUCUGCAGUCGCAGCAGAGGAGAGACCAGGAUCGCGGAGCAGGUGCAGCUCUGCUUUGAGAAGCUCUCCUCCCGGCCGGCCGGCAGCGAGCUCGGCCCGUCCAGCUUCAGGUUCUGCUGGGGGGGCGGAGCCUCCGACGGACCCAGCCUGCACCACCAGAGGCUGGACGGGGUCCUGAGCCUGAGAGACCACGCCCCCUCCAACGCCUCCUACUGGCACCCAGCGGUCAGAGCCUCCCAGAUGUGCUCCCGGCUGUUCGUGGAGGUGGAGGCGUCGCUGCCCCGGAGCUUCGUCUGGCUGCUCCAGCUUUUCUGCUUCCUGCUGGACGUGAAGCCGGCCUACCUGAUGGAGGAGGUGCUGAGGGUGGAGACCAGAUUCAUCAACAAGGCCAGGAGGACCAGGACCAAGUCCAAGACCAAGUCCAAGACCAAGUCCAAGACCAAGUCCAAGACCAAGUCCAAGUCCAAGACCAGGACCAGGACCAGCGCCCAGAGAGGACGGGCAGCUGGAGAGACGAGAUGA